GUCUCUGCAGCUGGUCGGCCACCAUAUUGGGGUUGCUCGCCGCCCGUCAGGCCUCGGCGCCACUUCUCCUUGCGGCCGCCCGAGGAGGCGACUGCCCGGGGCCGGAUCACGCUCCGAUUGGCCAGGCUUCGAUCCCCUGAUUAGGCGGAGGAGAUCGCGAGCGAGGGGUGAGGCCUUAGCAAGUGAGAUCAUGGAAGAAAAUGGUGAAGAUGUGGCUUCGCUGGCGGCCUACAUUUCAACAGAUGGCAGCUACACAGAGACCGUGCCCAUGCCGAAUCACGGCACACUGACGGCUUCCUCGCAGGGCUCUUCCUCUGCCACUAAAUCAAGGCGCCAGCCUGUUUGGACUGACGAGGAGACCCGGGCCUUCAUCCAGGUGUGGGGUGAUGACGCGGUGCAGAGUGCCCUGGCAUCAAACUAUCGCACAGUUGCACAGUUCCAGUGGAUAGCGGAUGAAAUGCGAGCCCGGGGUUACAACAGGGAUUGGGAGCAAUGCCGCGAACGUGCAAAGGUCCUCCGACGGGGAUUCAAAGAGAUAGUGGAUGGGAACAGCAACGCUGGCCACGGACGCCGCGUGUGGCCUUAUUUCGAAGAACUUAAUCGAUUUCUUUGCAUCAAGCAAAAUCUGGUCGUUCCACGGCUUUCAGGGAGCAACCCGAGGCCUCCUGUGGACCGCCGGCGUCGUGAGCACAGAGAAGCGCAAGAUGCCCCCUAUGAGCCGUCCUCAGUAGGCAAGAACGACAAAGGGACUUUUGAAGAGCCAGACGGGGACUGUCUGUUGUUGCCCGAGCCAGCAGGAUCUCAGCAGAGCGAAGGCAACAUGGAAAACCAAGUGGCGUCUCCAGCAGCAAAUUCUGAUAUUUCCAUGGAUGGUAGUGUUGGUCCUGGCACUCCCACCGAUCCUUUGCCAUCCAAUGACUCAGUUACUGCGCCAAAUCUGCGCCCUCGGCCCUUGACCGCUGCAGAGAGGAUGCGGAAUCUUCGUUGCCGGCAAAGAAAGAGAAGGGGGGAUACUUUGAAAGAGCUGAUGGAAGUCACCUCCCAGGCUACCAGUGAACUUGUCCGGACAUUGUCCGACCUCACCCAUAAAGAAGUGGCUUCUUUUGAACGUGCUUACAAGGAGGAUCUCGCAGCCCGGAAGGACGAGAUGGAGCAAAGCGCUGAGGACAUUGGAAGGCUUGUAAGCGCUUUGGAAUCAAGCGAUCAAACUCUGAAGGAGCAGCUAAGCAGCCAGACCAGUGUACUGCAGGGCAUCUUGGAGGUUAUGAAAGACAUUCGGGGUAGAACGUCAUACAGCCCUCCGUAUCAAUCACAGUAUUACGAUUUCCCGGGCCCUAGCAUGAUUCACACAAGUGGUACUUCCUCAAAUGGCCAAGAGAUGCCAUGUCCCUCCCCUUCCAGCCUUCCAUUUCCUUCCCAGCAAUCUGCCACCAGCAAUGGAGAUGUCUCUCCCAGGAAGCGGAUGAAAUGAAGCCAUCAACAGCACUGCUGAUUUAGCGUCCUGGUGGAAACCAAUUCUCCAGUUCUUUGUUCCUGUUAGGACACAUAUAUUGCUUUCCUUACUGCCUUUCUUCUUGCAUAGUUAGAACAUGUUCUCAUCCCCUUAAACGUGUGUCUCCCCACAACGUUAAGGUUGUGGAAACAGCCGCCAGCAAAUGUACAUCUAGAUUUAUUAUUACUGGGGUUUUUUUUAGCGUACCUAUGUUAGUUUUCCUUCCAUCCUGUUUCCAAAGGAAUGCAGUGUUUGAUGUACAAGUAAUAAUUUUUUUUUUAAAAAAAUACACACUUAAAACACAUUGCCAGGUACCUGUAAGAAGGUAAUCUUUGAAAAGUAAUAAAACUGCACUGUUGUUCCAAGU